UGCCGUAAUAUCGGCUGUUAGCUUAUUAAGUACCAACACCUUUUUGACCCUAAAAGUUUACUUUCGGAUCGUUCAGAAUAUAAAACCGAAAUCCGAUACCACGCUAAUGAACACCUGCCACAAUAAAUUAUUGUUCAUUUGAUAACAAUAGGCAGUCUCGUCCAGGUGUGUUAAUGGUAAAGAUGCUGUUAACCAACUGUUACAUACGGUUAUGGAUAUAUUUGUGCAGUGUGUUUCUGGUAUCGGCAGAAAGUAUACUCGAGACAAAUGUAGAAGAUCCAUCCUUUACCAGUAGCGGAUUAACUUCCGUUACAUUAGACCAUAGCGAUAAUCUGCCACAAAUUAUGAUCACCAAACCUUACGAAACAAUAUUAGAUAAUACUGACAUAUCCCAAACGAUGGGGCCAAAUUCCUAUGAUGUGUCUCAUUUAACCAGUGUUGUAGAUGGGAAAACUUCGACGACUGCACAACAAGCAUUUCCUUCAAAUUCACAAUUUUCUUUUUCAACUUCAGAGGCUCCGAAAGAAAUAAAAUCUGCAACAUUAACGUUAAGUAAUAAAUCUCAAGGAAUAUACUCCGGACCUACAUUUAGUCAAGUCCUAUACGUCCUAACAAGAAGGUCACCUUUCGAUGGAUUUUCGUAUUUAUUACGAUCAUUGCAAUCUUAUAAUCUUCCUCCGGGGUUGGUAGACGUUCAGAGUUACGUGAUGAGGUUAAUCCGAUUAAAUUUUCUAAGAGUUCGAGAAAUUCUGGACUACUUACAAAGGUACUCUCAUCUACAAGAGACAGACUUAGCAAUUAUGGGUCUUAUCCUUCUCGCCGAAACUUUACCCCCAAAAUGUGAGUUGCGAGCGAAUAUAAACGAACUUACUUCAGCUGUAGUAUUAUUAAAAUUACUUCAACAAUCACCUAUAGAAAGGUCACCAUGUGUGAACAGAAUUGUUCAAGUUGAAAAGCCUGUUAACUGUAAUUGUAUGCCUGAAAUGACCUAUUCAAUAAAGACAACAAAACAAACAAGUGUAACAGUCGUUAAAGAAGCUUUGAUAAAAGCUUUAACAAUUCCAUUUGUAUCUGAGAUGGAGCAUGCAUAUAAUGUAACGAAAUCGUUCAUUGAAAGUUCAGCAAAUGUUGAAAUUCUGAAAUCACUUACAUUAGAUACCACUAGUAAUCAACAGUUGUUGUUACGAUUUUAUUCAAUAGUAAAACAAACGACCACAAUUUCAGUUGAAACGAAGGAAGAAAUCUUAAGGUACACGGAUUAUGUUCUUGGCAGGUAUGCACCAGUCACACCUACUCCAGAAAUUCGCUUUGAUUAUGCACUGCUGCUAGAGAUAUUACCGAAUCCAGCAGAUACGAUCGAAGAACAGUAUAUUACAUUGUUAAGCACUGCAUUGAAAUCCGAAGAGGUUUACUUACUUCUUAAGCAACAGGGUAUAGAAAAUAUAUCAGAUCAGAAGAAACAGCUCAUUGAGGUUUUAAAAAUAUUACAAAUCAAAUAUUCUUCCGUGCAAGUCAAGGAAGCUGCCAAAUAUUAUUUAGAAUACCUCGAAAAGCUCGAGAGUCUAACGUUGAUCGGUAUGAAAAAAAUUGAGAAAAGAUUCGACUUAACCGGAAUCUUCACUGACACACUGCAACUGGGUUCUUUACCGUCUUCAGCGAAAUUAGCAUUCAAGAAGAUUUACAAAUACAUUGCCAACAUGCACGGGAAGGAAAUGGAAAAUUUCAAUGAAUGGAACGAAGCAUCCACGAGAGCCCAGUUUAUUCAAUUUUUAUUCAAUUAUUUCUUAGCUCAAGAUUUUGUACCGAGCGAUGUUAAAACCGCUAUAACGACAUUAAUUCCAUAUAUCCAAACAGACGGCAAAGGUGCUCUUCCCCCCUAGUUAUAUCUUCCCUAAUAAAAUAUCACCCUUACAAGUAAAUAAAUAGUAAUGAUUUACUAUAGUCUUUUUUUAUUAUGGAUAACAAUUUCACAAA